UCAUGCGCGCAGAGCCCAAAAAUUUGGAUUAAUUUCAUUUUUACGGAAAUUUAUUUAAAAUAAAUACCCAAUUUAACACAAGUCAUGUCUAAUAAAUCGGUACUUCCACCGAAAUUCGCUGACGGGCCGCACGGUUUAGGUGAUCCAGAUGAUAGGAGUCUGAGGAAAGUUGAAAUAGAGGUCGUGAUACCAAAGCUCAUGAGAGAAAAAGCAAAAGUAGAGAAAUGCCCAAAAGAAGUUUUUGAUUUUGAACAGUGCUGUAAAGAGUCUUCACUACUAAUGGUGGUAAAAUGUAGAAAGCAAAAUUCAGCUCUAAAAGAUUGUAUCACAGCUUGGUAUAGAAAUGAUGAGUUUAAACAGCUAUGCACCGAAGAAUAUUUGAAGGAGCGUAGUGAAUAUAGAAGAACUGGAAUAAAGAAAGCUACUAGAAGAGCAUAAAGUUUAUAAUUUAAUGUAGUUGUUAUGUAGUGUAAAUACAAAAAUUGUUUAAUCAUCAUCUUCGUUUAUUGCAA